UUUCCCAGACUUGUCGUCCGGCCCGCAGAAAAAUAAAAAGAAGAAGAAAAAAGUUUGUGUGGUGACGUUGAUGUUGUGAGGGCAUUUUCUCCUGACUUUUCUGGACAUUUUCACACGGAAACACCACCAAAAUGGGCAUUGUGGAAGCCCUCAGCCUCGAUGGCUUGCUCAAUGAUAUCCAGCGAAUGGAUAAACGCCAGUUUUUCUACCAAGUCCUGAGCUUCGGGAUGAUUGUGUCGUCCGCACUAAUGAUCUGGAAGGGGCUGAUGGUAGUUACAGGUAGUGAAUCACCAAUUGUUGUGGUUCUCAGCGGAAGUAUGGAGCCUGCGUUUCACAGGGGAGAUCUCCUUGUACUGACCAACUACCGCGAGGAACCAGUACGAGUGGGAGAGAUUGUGGUGUUUAAGGUGGAAGGAAGGGACAUUCCGAUAGUACAUCGCGUGAUUAAGUUGCAUGAAAAGAACAACGGGACUGUGAAAUUCCUCACGAAAGGUGACAACAAUUCUGUGGACGACCGAGGAUUGUACGCUCCGGGACAGCUGUGGCUCACGAAAAAGGACAUUGUGGGACGAGCGAGGGGUUUUCUGCCCUUCGUGGGCAUGAUAACAAUCUACAUGAAUGAAUAUCCAAAUCUCAAGUACGCCAUUCUCGGCAUUCUCGCCCUCUACGUGCUCCUUCACAGGGAAUAGGGAAUGUGUGCCGUGUGAGGGAUGCGGAUGAGUUUGCAGAGCGCAUUUUUUUUACAAGCACAAAAUUUUCACAAACUCUCCUACACAAAAGCAUCGACAGGAUAAUUUUACCAUCAAUGUAUUCCCAAUUCAGUGAAUAAAAUAAACUGAGAAUAAAAUUGAA